AAAAUCGAUAGUUUAUGUAUAUAAGUGUUGAAAUGAUCAAAUAUAGUUCGUGAAACGCCCUAUUGCCAUAUUCACUCCCUCCUGAUUUCUACUGUUCAGUAGUAAAGACAACCAAGAAAUGCAAUACCAAUUAAUAAUAUUUUCGAUCGAAAGAAAUGCUUCAGCGUUUUAUGGAAUACACGUACAUUAAUUUAAAGAAUAUCCACGGUAAAAGAACUUAUAUUAUGUUCAAAUAAACAUCAGAUUCAGACGGCAUCUUCAGUGGGAGGGUGUGAAGGUUGUCAAGCUUAUUUAUAAACACGUGUCACACUUAUUUAUAAAUUCAUAAUACGAGAUAAUAUUACCUAUAAAAUAUUUAAACAAAAUAUCCCAAGAUUUUACAAUAUUUUGAAAAAAACUCCCAAGAUCCCAAGCUUGAGCAGAAAAUCCCAAGAUCUUGGGAGAAAUCCCAAGGCGUGGCAACACUGCUCCGAGCAAGCCAAGGCCUGGUCGUGGCCUGGUGACGAUAAAAAUAAAAAGAGCGGCAUUUUGGAAUUUGAAAUUUUUGUUUAUCGAGGUACAUGAGAGACGGUUAUCUGGCUUUUUACUUCAGCGAAUCGUACAAAAAAUGAAUAAAAUGAGGAGUUCAACUUCUGGCUCGACAAAUCAAGGCAAUAGAAGCCGAAUUCCGACCAAAGAAAAGCAAUCUAGAUCGUCGAUUAGUCAGGGCGAUCGUCUUUCCAAUACUGGUGCAAGGUUGUCAGGCAUAUCGCGUCCGAAAACAUCUUUUGGAGCUAGCAGCAGAAAAUCAAGUCAAUAUGGACGUGAAUCGUACAUGCAGAUAAAAGACUCAAGACCGCUUAGUGAUAAAUCUUAUCAGCAUAAAGAAAGGCAAGACAUAUUGCAGUUUCUUUCGGUCAACAAUUACCAGCAUCCAAUCUCCAUGAAGACAAUGACGAUUCCAACGAGCAAAGAGUUCCUGAAAGUAUUUUCCUUCCUUUAUAGCCAUAUCAGUCCAAAGGAAAACUAUACAAAACUGAAACAAAAACCUGACGAGGAAGUACCAAGAAUUUUAAAGACUCUAGGGUACCCCUUUACCAUUCAUAAAACAUCAUUAUCCAAUGUUGGCUCACCUCACACAUGGCCAGUGCUCCUUGGUGCACUUCACUGGCUUAUGGAACUUGUCAAGUUGGCUCAAAAUGUUAAUGACAUCAUCGAAGAAUGUCUGUUUCCCAUGAAUGAGGAGGAGAAGUUGUAUUUUGAUUACCUUGAGAAAGCGUACGAAGCGUUUAUUUACGGUCAAGACUUAGAUGAUCUGGAUGAGUACACAGAAGCACUAUAUGAAGAACUGAGAAACAUUAAUGCUCGAAUUAUUGCUGAAAACGAAGGGCUGAGUCACGAAAACAAGCUACUGGAGGAAGAACUGGCGAGACUUGAAAGUGAACCGUCAAAGCUUGAAGCAUUAGUGGAACAAAAGAGAACACUAGAGCUCGACAAGACUAAAUUCGACACCUACAUCACUGAUCUCGAGAAGCAUCGUCUCAAACUUGAGGAAAGAAAAAUUCAGAACAAACAAAAAUUGAAUGAUCUCAAUCUGGAGUACACAGCAACAUCAAGAGAGAAAGAGCAGUUGGAGAAAGUGCUUGCAAAGCAACAACUUUGUGCGACUGAUGUGCAACGCAUGAAACAAAAAGCUGAGAAGCAAAGGAGAAGUUUGGAAAAACUUCAGGAAAGAAGGGAUUCGCUGGAUGAAAACAUAUGGGCGACCGAAAUGAAUUAUGCGCGCAAAUACGAGCAGGUUCUUGAAAAAGUUGAGCAUUAUAACGAAAAAUGUCGUCAGGUAAAACUAAUCCCAAGCUCAGCUGAAAACGCCUGUGGCAAUGAUUACGAGCUGCAGUUGAGCGGUGGUAGAUUGUCGUUGGAUGUUCGAGGUCAUUUAACGAUCAAAUUGUUUGGAGUCAAGAAGCAAUUUACUGAAGAAACGUUUCGCUACGACGCAGACACAUUGAAGCUUAAGGAAAAACUUGACUUGGUGCAGGAGCAAAUAAGCGAAAAGGAAUAUAAUGUGCAAUGGUCGAAUGAUAAGACUGCCACCGUGGAAAAAGAAUUGGCCUGGAACAUAAAGCAAUACGACGAAGAAUUAAAAAUUUUGUCCGACGGAAUUGAAGAUCAGCGUAAUCUGAUAGAUCGAUUGAGAUUGGAUAAUCAAACAGAAAUGUCGGGAAAACGAAAGAAACUCGAGGAUGCCAAAAAAAGAUUAAAAUCAACAGAAGUAGAGUUGAAGCGUGAAGAAGAAUCUUUAAAAUCAUUUUUACGUAAUGGGUGUGAGCGUGUUCUGAAACACAAGACUAUAAUAGAGAAUCGUGUUAAAGAAGUUCAAAAGAACACGAAGGAAUGGUCUGUGAAAAUGAGGAGUGCUAUUCCCGAGGUUUCCUGCGUUCUUUCCAAAGAAGAAAUCGACAUUUAUUUUAGAAGUUAGCCAUGAC